UAUAUAGAUAGAGAGAAAGAGAGCAAGAGAGAUAGAAAGGGAUGAGAUGAGAUGGAGGUGAGUUGAUUUGGCGCAGUGGGAACCCAACUACAAACACAACCACACUAACUAUAUAUUAAUUUAGCUCCUCCUCUCCUAAUAAUAAUCCUAUGGCGUGUGAGUGGGAAAAGGUGAUCGGCGAGCUGAGUCGCGGCCGGGAAGUAGCUGACCAGCUCCGCCUCAUGCUUCGCCACACUCCCCCGCUUGACCCUACACCUGCUCAGGGCCUUGUUGCCAAAAUCUUGGAAACCUUUACUCACUCUCUUUCCAUGCUUUCUCCCACUGCUGCUGUUUCUCAACUUCCGCCCCUCAAAUCGGAAGAUUCCGGCGAGACUCCGCCCCCCCCUACAAAAGAUCGGAGAGGCUGCUACAAGAGAAGGAGAAGUUCAGAAACAUGGACAAAAAAGACGGCUAGUUUGUUUGAGGACGGACAUGCAUGGAGGAAAUAUGGACAAAAAGUUAUCCUUAAUGCCAAACAUCCAAGGAACUACUUCAGGUGCAGCCACAAGUUCGAUCAGGGAUGCCAAGCAACUAAACAGGUGCAGAAGAUUGAAGAUGAUCCACCUCUGUUCAGGACCACAUACCAUGGCCGACACACUUGCAAAAACUUGUUCAACUCAUCUCAUCAUCAUCAUUAUAAUAUUAUGAUGCAGCAGGAUGAUGAUCAUUCCCCCAUCAUGUGGAGCUUUGCUGCUGAUCAUGAUAUUGAUCCCAAGACCACCUCUCUCGUUAUUAAUGAUUCCAGCUGCAGCACCCCACACAUUAAUCAUGCGAAUACCAAUGCUGCUGCUCAUGUACAACUCAAACAGGAAAACAGGCAGGACUUGGGGGAACUACAGCACCAACCCCAAAUCAAAUCAUCAUCCUCAUCAUCCAUAUCAUCCAAUGCUACUUUUGUAUGUCCUGAUGAUCCCACUUCGUUGACAAAGUUUGAUAGCAGCACUACUAUGAGUUCAGCUCAAUUGGGUGCAUUUUCUCCAGCUGCGUCUUCUGAUGUUUAUUCUUGUACCGAGAGCACCCAUCAUAGUAUGGAGAUGGACAUGAUGUCCAUGGCUGUUUUUGAUGAUUUUCUUGACCUUCAAACCCUAAAUUAAUUAGGUACCCUCAAUCAAAGAUUAAUUAAGGUCAGCUUUAUUUAAUCUGUUUUUAGGUUGAUUUGGUUAAUAUUAAUGUCACAUAUGUAUAUAUGAUCAGCUCCGGUCCCACCCUUGUAGAAUUUAUAUAUUGUUGUUACAGAAUAAUAUAGGUACGUACGCUUGUUUGGAGCAUCAUGUACUAGUCAGUCGUUGAUGUAUUUAUAUAUAUAUAUUGACGUUUUAGAUUA